CCUUCAAAUGCGUUUCAAAGCAAUGGUACGCACUCAUUUCUCAUCCACGUUUCCUUCGUCGAUACCUCACCUCCAACCGUUUUCCCUCUUCCUUGUUGCUCGCACCCUUUCCCAUGCACUCGCGUCGACACCGCGCGAAGCUCAUUCCCCCUCUCGCAGCUUCUCCUCCUCCAACGCUCAUCGACUUCGGUUUCCUCAACGUUCCCCACUUGGCCCUUAGCGUCGCGCAAUCUUGCAACGGCUUGCUGCUUGUGCAAGGGACGCACAAGGACAAGAGGUGGCCACUGUCACGCGAAACGCGCCGCUCCAAUCUCUUCGUGUGUAACCCAAUCACCGAACGUUCCGUCGCAAUCACGGGAAUAGCGACAAAGAGUAAUUUUUUUCUCGCUUAUGACCCUCUGAAGUCUCUGCAUUUCAAACUUGUUUCUGUCCAAUCUGUGCAUCGUUUCGCUUCGGGGGAAACAACGUUAGCUUGGGGUGACUAUUAUACGAACGAGGUUGCUAUAUAUUCUUCCGAGACAGCUUGUUGGAGUGAUACUAGGGUUUGUUUCACUACCCCUCCUUCUAUGAAUAUGGAUUUAGGUGUUUAUUGCAAUGGUUCUGUUCAUUGGUAUAUUAAAGCUAAGGAGUCGUUUUACUUUGAUGUGGAAAGCCAAUGCUUGAAAACGUACCCAAUGCCACCCAAUAUUGAGAACCAUGAGAAGAGUCAUUUCGGUGAGUCACGGGGGCGUUUGCAUAUGAUUCUCAUGUCCCCUCAACUGUUUUUGUAUGAUAUUUUUGAGUUGGAGGAAGAUUACUCUGCUUGGUCACUGAGGUUCCACAAGCUGGAUCUUAGUCCCAUGCAAGCUGCAUUUCGAGGCAUGAAUUGGUACUUUGAAGACGAUGUUAUUCCAUUAUUUGAUAUAUUGUGUGUUGUUCGCCAUAAAAGUGAAGAUGAUUUUGUGCUUCUGUUGCUUAUUCCUGAUAGAGUCGUCUUGUCCUAUAAUGUUUUGGAUGCUACCGUCAGAGAGCUAAGUGAACUUCAGCCUAUUGUUAGGUCACAUGCUCCUUGGGUUGGAGGUUACACCUUUGUAGCAUUUGAAUACAUUGAGAAUCUUUCUCCGGUUGGAGGUUUCACUGCUUGACGAUACUAAUCUAAUGAUCCAUUGUCCUCUAAAUUAUUUGUAAGUGCUUCAUAUAUAUAUAUGUGUGUGUGUGA